AAUUGACGAAGUUCGAACUGCUUUUGGUUUUCGCAGGUUCGGCUUAGGUCAUUGCUUUCCCCCAUCCCGUGAUUGGCCGACUGCAGCAACGCCAAAUUGAGAACGAGAGAGACUCGCAGAACUUCAGAAAUUCCUCCCAUCACCAUCUCUACCUCACCUCUUAAUCUUCAUCUUCCCCCCCCUCUGACUUUUCUCUUCGAGGUAUCCUCCGCUCUUUUGAAUCUUCCUCUUUCUAGUGUUCUUCCUUCUAAUCUGUCUCUAGGCAAUCUCUCUCCCCGACCUCCUCUAAACUCCCCCCCCCCCGUCAUCAUGUUCCGUUCCGCUGUUGUCCGCUCAUUGAGGGCCUCUGUGCCUCGUGCCGUUCAGCCUCAGGCUGCUUUCCAGAUCCGUGCCUCUCCUGUGGCUCGCCCUGCUCAAUUCGCUCCUCGCUUUGCCUUCCAGGCUGUCAGACUUUACUCCGCCCCUGCCGGUCUCAGCAAGGACGAGGUCGAGGGCCGCAUAGUCAACCUGCUGAAGAACUUCGACAAGGUUUCCGAUGCUAGCAAGAUUAACGGCGCCUCUCACUUCUCAAAUGACCUCGGACUUGACAGCCUGGAUACCGUUGAGGUCGUGAUGGCUAUUGAGGAGGAAUUCAGCAUUGAGAUCCCCGACAAGGAGGCCGAUACUAUCCACAGCAUUGACAAGGCUGUCGAGUACAUCCUUGCCCAGCCCGACGCCCACUAAAUAUGUACGUAAUGCGAGGAUUCGGAGUUGGAUGGAGGGCUAGAUAUAAAAGAAGGGGAUGGUCGGCGUGCAUCUACACUGGUCUCUUUAGAGCUGGAGUAUCUGGGUAGUCGGCGACGUUAAUCUGUAUGCUGAUACAUGUCGAUGCGUUUCACCCUACUAUAUCGUGUAUAUCACUUUGAAAUGCAAUUUUGAUCCAUUUGAG